AUGGGGGUCAUUAGCAUAGUCUGCCCUUAUGGCCAUGGAUCUUCGACAUGUGGAUACUGUUCACCUCCUGGAAGACGCUCUGCAACGCGCUCGAGCUAUAAAUUCGACCUUGAUCCUCUUCAGCUAUCUUGCGAGAUGAUUGAUCGCGGGUGGAGACGCAGCGGCGCAUUCUGCUACAAACCGGAUUUGAAGCGAUCGUGUUGCCCUCAGUACACCAUCAAGUUGGAUGCACUGGAAUUCAAACCUACAAAGAGUCAGAGAAAGGCGAUGAGCAGGUGGACGCGGUUCGUCGUCCACGGUGACAAUGAGCUCCCGCCGUCGGCUAUGGAUACUGAUGGGGGAAACCCGGCCAAGAAAACUACGAAGCUUCCGCCUUUCUCCCUGGUACACGCCGUUCAUGCGUCAGAGAGCGACUUCGUGCGCAACGGCAAGUACAAACACAAAUUUGAGGUCUCUCUUGAAUUCGCCUCGUAUGACGUCGAGAAGUUCCGGCUAUUUGAGAGAUAUCAGGACGACAUACACAACGACGACAGUACCCCUGCUGGAUUCAAGGGUUUCCUCGUAGAGACGCCUCUGAUAAGAGAAGAGAUUCAAUAUGGGAAAGCUCCUCCGAAGCAUCUGCCCACCCACUACGGCUCCUACCACCAGACGUAUCGUCUGGAUGGCGAACUAAUCGCCAUUGGGGUCAUUGACAUCCUCCCUACAUGUGUUUCCAGCGUGUACUUCAUGUACGAUAAGAAAUGGGAGAGGUUCUCGUUGGGGAAGCUUAGUGCCAUGCGCGAGGCUGCCUUGGCCCAAGAAAUGCAUGAGCACGGCCUUCCAAACAUGAAUGCGCAGUACAUGGGCUUCUACAUCCACUCUUGCCCGAAGAUGCGCUACAAAGGAGACUUUGCUCCGUCCUAUCUGCUGGACCCCGAAACUUAUUCGUGGCACACUCUCGAGUCGUGUCGACCGCUUCUGGAGAAGAACAGAUAUGCCUGCUUUGCACACCCAGAGCAUUCCAUCGCAGGUCCCGGACCAACCAAAGAAGAUCCUGUACCGGAAGUACCGAAAUCUGUUCUGAACAACGUGAAACUCAUGGCUGGCCUUGAGAAUGGUGCCGUACUAGUGAAGUCUGCUGAGCAAUCGCCCGAGUGGCAGAAUCCGGAUAUAAGAGGGCUGCUUAUCGGUGGGAUCCAUGCUAUGGGCUUUGAACUGGCACAGGAAGUGAUUUUCAACCUGAUGUAUACAACGAGAUGA